AUGAGGUUCAUACUGUUUUCCCUGAGCGCAUCGGUGUUCUACGCCAUUUUCUACUUUUCCUGGAUUAAUGGGCUCGAUGCGCUGGGCCACAAGUGUAUUGAAUCCGGCAAACUUCCCACCGUGGAUGCGCCUCUGCGAACGGUGUACACGGGGAUCGAGGUGGUAGAUAAUAUGCUGGCCCUGCUGGUUACAUUCUUCUAUCCUACACUCGACGGCUCGAAUCCUGGUCUUUUGCUGCACGGCAUUGCGUUCACUGGUACUUUCGGCGCAACAUGGACCCUGAUUGUUUUGGAAUCUUGGAGAAAGGGCAAUGCCGGGACGAUCGCUGCUUACCCGAUGGUAUUCGGCCUCAUCGCUCAGCUUCUCACCUUUGCAUUCGGUAUUCCAUUGACUUGUGGUCUUCAGCUUGGUUCCUCAAUUACUGCCCGUCGCCCUAAUGCAGAUAACAUCCGCGUCCCUCGAGCAGUUCUCGCCAUUCUCCCCUUGACAUUUAUCAUCGGAUUCAUGGGGCCGACCGUGGCAAUGUCCUUGCCCGCUCCCUCCGUCAUUUCCCUAGACAUGAGGCAGAUUGCAAUCGCCAUCUGGCAGCCCUGGCCCGCGUAUGUGUCGAUCCUGAGCACCGCGGGCUUUUACCUUCUGUCUCCGUUCAUCUCGGAAAACGAGUGGGCGUCGAGAUCUAGCUUGCGCUGGGUCUACGCUUUUGCAUUUGCCAAUGCGUCUCUGACACAUCUCGUAGCAUGGAUUGUCUCUCUGGCAACUGUGAUAGCGCCGAAUAUGUUCCAAGGCCAUUUUGUGGAAUCACUCCACCCGGCGAAGGUUUUCGCUCUUCAUUUGCCCUGGUCUGGACUAACAGUUGAUGAUGUCGGUGUGGGUCUCCAUGUCUUCCUCCGGUGGGAUUAUACGAUUGGUACUACGGGUGUUUUGGUUUGGGCUUUGUCCUUGUACGUAGUCGCUCACUACCAGCUGCUCAAAACUGUCUCCUGGCCGAGCCUGCUUCUCAAAGUUGCGCUUUUGACUGUGUUCACUAGCCCCGCGGCCGCGGCGGUGGAGCUGAUGUGGGAGAGGGAUGAGCUGGUGUUUGCCGAGACUGGUAGCAAGCAGGUUUCUAAGGUCAAGAAAUCCAUAUAA